GCACGUUCGGCGAACCGGCUGUGGUUCCUCCGAAAGUUUGGGUGGGCCGAGGCUGGGGCGUGUUUUCAGUAGAAGGUGGUGGAAUUUGGGCCCAUUGGCUUGUAAAUUGCACCGCUGGCUAAAAGGCUUUCAGUAACUUGCCUAGGCAGAGAGAGGUCAUACUUUAAAACCAAGGGUGAAAAUUUUAAGUAGUUGAAAAACACCUGCUGAAAACAGUGGACCAUGGGGUUCUUGGGGAAAGAUCACUAAAAUCGAGUUCUUGCUAACUUCCAUCUCUGGUCUGUGGUUUCCACGCUCCGUUUUUGUUUUUGUUUUUGUUGUCGUAAAGGCCUGAAGGAGCCCUUGAGUGAGAGCUACGCAGCUUUGAGAACCACUGGCCAGGGGGCACUGGGGAGCAGUUCCCCGGGAACAUUGGCAGAGAGAGAGGAGGAGGGUAGAUUUUAACCCGUACCUGGGAGGGUUGGGGGAAGGGAGAGAUGGGCAUUUAUGGAUAAGCUUGUGGACAGGGCAGCCCCCUGGGCUAACUUUACCUUAGAAAUUAAAACAGAAAAUUUAAAACUUUAUUAACUUAUUUCAGAAAUAAUCGUUAUAGGUUCACAAACUAUAUUUAUAUAUAUAUAACUAUAUAUUAACUGUAUAUAUAUACACACACAUAUAUUUUGAAAAAUAACAAUAUUUCUCCCCAGAGCUUAGGAGGAAGAGUGGCACUGUUUUACAUUUUUGCAAAUCUCUUUCACGUCUGUCAAGUCCUUGCCAGGUCACAUGUCACAGAGCCUCACGAGGGGUCCACUAUGCACUCAUGAGAGAAUGAGAAUGGAAAAGGCGGGUACAGCCUAGGGUUAUCGUGGAAAUCGUUUUGACCACAUGAUCCUCCUGCGAGGCUCACCCCAGACCACACUUUGCAAACUGCAAAUUUAGGAUAAUGUUUUUCUUAUUAUAAAAACAAAAAAGUUCCUGUGCUUUGUGGAAACACUUUUACAUAUUUUUCAGAACACUGUAAGAAAAUGAGAACUGCCCAUCACGUUACAAUCCGCUGUGUCUUUAUUUUAAUAAUCAAGUGUAGCAACCGCCUGAUUUGAGUGGCUUGGAUUCCAGGCGGGUUGGGUAGAUGUGAGUGGCCUUCAGGUUUUGAAUGGGGACAAGGAAGCUCUAAUAUCCCACAAAGCUGACGCGGGUUCCUGGUUGCAGGCGGAGCUGACCUGGAAACCUCUCCUUGGCCACUGUCCUUUCUAAGGAGCUCACCUUCCAGAGCCCGCCCGCCCAGAACUGGCAGGGGACCCUCUUAGGAGCAGAGAAAAAUGGCGAUCUUCAGGCAGCUGUCCCUGCGUGCAAAGGCUGCCCUGGCCGCCGGCACUGUCUUCGUGUCCAUGAUUGUGUCCCGCUCCUGUCUGGCGGGGAGCCUUGAGCUCCGGGCCUGGCGUUGGCUGUUCCGCCUGCAGCUCGCCCUGUUUGCCAACUCGCUCAUGCUCAUUGGCUCCCUCUACAUCUGGCGGAGCACAGUCAGCAACCUCAGCCACUGCCCGGGCGCCGAAUCCGCCUGUUUCCAGCUCUGGAAGAUGGCGGUUGUGGCGUUUCUGGCCCUGGCCCAUUCCAGCUUCUUCACCAUGCUCUUUUUAGUGGCCGAGGAGCCCUAUCUCUUCUCCUUGGCAGCCUACUCCUGCCUCGGGGCGUACAUCAUCAUGGUCUUCUUCCUCUGCACCCUCAGUGGCAUGGAGCAGGCCUAUCAGCUCGUGGCCUGGCGCAGCGGCAGGGUCGUGGGCGGCCUCGACAAGACAAGGAAGGUGGCGGUCAGGCCGGCCCUGGCGGUGGCAGUGACCGCUGUGCUCAGUGUGGCUGGGCUUCUGAACGCCGCCCAGCCCCCGGCCGUGAAGACCGUGCAGGUGCCCGUCCAUCAGCUGCCUCCCUCCAUGGACGGCCUCAAGAUCGCGCUCCUCUCCGACAUCCACUUGGGCCCCACCGUGGGCAGGACCAAGAUGGAGAUGUUCGUGAGGAUGGUGAACGUGCUGCAGCCAGACGUCACGGUGAUCGUGGGGGACCUCUGUGACGCGGAAGCCUCCACCCUGCGGACGGCGGUCGCUCCUCUGGACCAGCUUCGCUCGCGCCUCGGCGCCUACUUCGUCACGGGGAAUCACGAGUACUACACGUCGGACGUCAGCAACUGGUUCGCGCUGCUGGAAUCCCUGAACGUCAGGCCCCUUCACAAUGAGAACGUGAGGAUUUCCGCCACGGGGGCCCAACCCGGGGGCGCUGAGGACGACGACUGGAUCUGCUUGGCUGGGGUGGAUGACAUCGAGGCGGACAUCCUGCACUACUACGGCCACGGCAUGGACCUGGUCAAGGCCCUGGGGGGCUGCCGCCCGGACCGCCCCACCAUCUUGCUGGCUCACCAGCCCCUGGCUGCCAAGAGAGCCCUGCAGGCUCGGCCGGAUAUUAGCCUCAUUCUUUCUGGGCACACGCAUGCCGGGCAGAUCUUCCCCUUGAACGUGGCAGCCUAUCUCCUCAACCCCUUCUUCGCCGGCCUCUACCAGGUGGCCCAGACCACGUUUGUGUACGUCAGCCCGGGCACCGCCUACUAUGGGAUCCCCAUGAGACUGGGCACCAGGGCAGAGAUUACCGAGCUCAUCCUGCGGCGGGCUCCUUGAACCUGGCCCUGCGCCCCUUCAGAGUCCUCGCCCUUCACCCUCCGU